UUAAGCCGGAAGUUGAUUUCAGCAGCAGCUUCCGGCCUGAAUGUUCUCCAUGUUGUUUUUUUGAUGAUGCUUCAAAACAUUUAUCUUUCGGGCUUUAGCUAAUAUUUUGCUAAAGUAACGGUUUUAUUUUUUUGAUCAAUAAACGUGGUACGCAGAAUUCCAAGAGGAUAGUAUGUCACGAGGAUAGUAAGUGAGCGUAUUUGGCUGUGAAGUUGUUUGCUAGCAGUUAGCUAACUUGUUGAUGUUUCUCGAGUCAAACAUUUCCGUUUUGACUGUUGCAUAAUUAUACAUUAUAUUGGUGUGGUAAGAUUUCGAAUGAGUUAUGGCAGACCCAGCUAGGAUAAAGACUGAAUCCAACUCUGAGAAUUCAUUGGCUGCUAGAGAAAGCCCUAAAACCGAAGACACUGAAGAAGUGCCUGUGACCUCGGAUGCAGACACCGAAUCAAAAGAUUCCUCCUCACAAUCACUCAAACGCGAACACAAACAGGACUCUGUUGCUGGAGAUGAUGAGGAUGAGGGAACCUCAGAUCAACCAGCUUCCAAAAAACUAAAAGUGGAGCCUGAGAAGAAAAAGGAGAAGAGGCAAAAGGUUGACGAGGAUGAGAUACAGAAGAUGCAGGUUUUGGUCUCAUCCUUCUCUGAGGAGCAGCUUAACCGCUAUGAGAUGUAUAGACGCUCUGCUUUCCCCAAAGCUGCCAUCAAGAGGGUAAGACCUUUAGGGACAUAUGUAAUUAUAUUUAAUCAGAAUCAGUUCCAUUUUAAUAUUGUAUUUCAAUAUAUGCUUUUCUUUACCUGGUUGAUACAGCUGAUACAGUCCAUUACAGGAUCCUCAGUCUCUCAAAAUGUGGUUAUCGCCAUGUCUGGUAUUUCCAAGGUCUUCGCUGGAGAAAUAGUGGAGGAAGCUCUGGAUGUGUGUGAGAAGUGGGGGGACACACCUCCCCUGCAGCCCAAGCACAUGAGGGAGGCUGUCAGGAGGCUAAAGAGCAGAGAGCAGAUCCCCAACACCAAGCACAAGAACAUCCUCUUUCACUGAGCCACUCAUGCCCUGCUGAUUAUAGGUAGAUCCAAGCGGUGAUGUAUUCACCUUUCAGAUGGUGGCAUCUUACACACCACUUUCAUGUUCAUUCUCUAUUCCAAUGUCCAUUGGUUUGGCCAUGAAGGCAAGUGCAGUAUACUGUUGUCAGGAACUCCAAAGUCAACCUUUGUUAUAUUUGAGGGCAUUUCUUGGAUAUACUAAUGGUCAAUAAUAAAAUGACCACAGCAUCAAGGUUUGUGCCAAUGUUCUAAAAUACAUUUUAUUUGAGAUGUUGGUGAAGCAUGGAAGUAUCCAAAACUGGUCACUUCUAGUACUUCCUGGGAAAAUGUUGUUUCAGUUAAACCAUUUUAUUAGACCUCAGGUCAAUCAUUUUGGGCCAUAUUUCAAUAAAUAAAAGGACACAUUUGUUAAUGAGUUAUCUUCUCUUGUUAGAUGAAGACCAGUAAAGUCUCGUAAGAUGAGCUUGUGUGUGCAUGUGUCUAACUUUAAACCUGCUCACUGGCCAAUAAAUGCAUAAUACAACCA